GAUCGGCGGCACAACACGGAAGUGCGAUGGCGGCCGCGGCGGAGGAGGCAGCGGGAAGCGGCGGCGGCUCCCCGUCCUCCGCCCGGCGGCGGCUGCGCAUCAUCUCCGGGCACCUGCGGGGCUCGCCGCGGGCUCCGGAGCAGGCGGCGCUCUCCCCGAACCCCUGCAAGGCGCAGGGGGGCUCCGCCGGGCCGGCCUCCGGCUCCAUCCCGAAGAAGCGGCAAGAACUUCUGAAAUGGAAUGGAUGGGGAUAUAAUGACUCCAAAUUUAUCUUCAAUAAGAAGGGUCAAGCAGAAUUCACAGGAAAAAGGUACAGAUUAGGUGGUAUGAUAUUACCAACUUUUAAGGAAUGGAUAGAAAAAACCUUUGGAGCAAGUCUGGAGCACAAAACUACCUCUAGAGCAUCCCUAAAUGUUAAUGAUGUACCUCCAUCCAUUGUAAGUGAAGAAUUUCUUCAGGAUCUUAGAGCCACUAAAAUCUCAUAUUCGCAGGAUGCAGAAGAUAGGGUAUUUAGAGCUCAUGGUCACUGCCUGCAUGAGAUAUUUGUACUCAGGGAAGGAAUGUUUAAAAGAAUUCCUGAUAUAGUUAUAUGGCCUGUUUGCCAUGAAGAUGUAGUUAAAAUUGUGGAAUUAGCCUGCAAACACAAUCUCUGCAUAAUACCGUUUGGUGGAGGGACGAGUGUCUCUAGUGCCCUUGAAUGUCCUGAAGAAGAAAAGAGAACAAUUGUCUCACUGGAUACAUCACAAAUGAAUCGGAUUCUCUGGAUAGAUGAGAAAAACUUAACAGCUUGUGUGGAAGCUGGCAUUGUUGGACAAGAUCUGGAAAAACAGCUCGCUGAAAGUGGCUUCUGUACAGGCCAUGAACCAGACUCCAUGGAGUUCAGUUCGCUAGGAGGAUGGGUAGCAACACGAGCAUCAGGCAUGAAAAAAAACAUCUAUGGAAACAUUGAAGAUCUGGUGAUUCAUAUAAAAAUGGUAACUCCUAGAGGAAUAGUAGAAAAAAACUGCCAAGUACCUCGCAUGUCAACAGGACCUGAUAUCCAUCACUUCAUUAUGGGAUCUGAAGGAACUCUUGGAGUGGUUACUGAAGUUACGAUAAAGAUUCGCCCAGUCCCUGAAUACCAGAAGUAUGGUUCUGUGGUCUUCCCCAACUUUGAACGAGGGGUGGCCUGCUUAAGGGAAGUGGCAAAGCAGAGAUGUGCUCCUGCAUCAAUUCGCCUUGUCGACAAUGCACAGUUUCAGUUUGGUCAUGCUCUUAAACCACAAGUUGCUUCAAUUUUUACAUCAUUUUUGGAUGGACUGAAAAAAUUCUACAUCACAAAGUUUAAAGGAUUUGAUCCCAACAUAUUGUGUGUAGCUACCUUGCUCUUUGAGGGUGACAGAGAGAAGGUUCUUCAGCAUGAAAAGCAAGUCUAUGAUAUUGCCACCAAGUUUGGUGGCUUGGCAGCAGGAGAAGAUAAUGGACAGAGAGGGUAUAUGCUGACAUUUGUCAUUGCUUACCUCCGGGACCUGGGCCUGGAUUACUAUGUAAUAGGAGAAUCAUUUGAGACAUCUGUUCCUUGGGAUAGGGUUUUGGACCUUUGUAGGAAUGUGAAGGAAAGGAUAGUAAGAGAAUGCAAAGAAAAGGGUGUUCAGUUUGCUCCUCUUUCCACCUGCAGGGUGACACAGACUUAUGAUGCAGGUGCAUGUGUGUACUUCUACUUUGCCUUUAACUACCGAGGAAUUAGUGAUCCUAUUCAUGUCUAUGAACAAAUUGAGAGGGCUGCUAGAGAAGAAAUACUUGCCAAUGGAGGAAGUCUCUCACAUCACCAUGGAGUAGGCAAAUUGCGGAAGCGCUGGAUGAAGGAGAGCAUCUCUGAUGUUGGUCUGGGAAUGCUGAGAUCUGUUAAAGAAUAUGUGGACCCCAAUAACAUCUUUGGAAACAAAAAUCUUUUAUAAAGCCCUGCGCAACAUGAUGUACUAAAUCUUCUUCAAUAUUACUGUUGAAAUUCCUCCACUUUCAUUGUAUUGAUAUCCCAGUAAUCAAAUAUAACCUAGACGAAACUUUAAAAACUAGUAACUUACACUGAUUUUUGCCACCCCCUUCCCUCUUCCCCCAAUAAAGUGUAAACAUCA